AUGGCGGCUGUGCGUUUACUUCCCUUUGUCGUCAUCGGCGUCACGGCGAACCUCGUCUCAGGCUCCCUCCUUCAUCUGAUCAAGGUGUACAUGGUCCUUUAUGUCAUCGCUAGCAUCUUCCUCGUAGUUGGCGGUGGUCAGCUAAUAGUCUACCUCAACCCAAAUCCGUCAACAGCACUCAUCUAUGGCCUGUCCUUUAUAGUCGCUGUGGGAACCGGGUUGUCUAUGAUUACGAGAUACACCGUCGCAACUCUGACACUGAAGCCAGACGUGGGUCCCGGACUCAAGUUGCAGAACGUUUCGCAGAUCGGUGGCCAAGUCAUCGCGCUUGCCAUCGCUGGCCAGAUCUACCAGUCCACUGCUAUCAAGGAGCUCAAGGCCGCUCUUUCUGGCCAAGGCUUCACCGAGGCGGAGAUAAAAAGCGCAGUGGCGGGGUCGCAGAGCGCACUGUUGCACCAACUGAGUGGAGAGUUGCGCGAGCGGGCGAUUGAAGCUAUCGCACAUGCAAUGCAGAUGCCCUUUGUAACGAUCCCUGUCGCAGGAGUUGUCAUGUUAUUUGCAACGUUUUGUAUGAAGCGAGAGAAGCUUUUCAGCAGGGCUGUUGCUGUAGGAGGCUAG